AUGGUUCUAGGGAAGUGCUACGUCUGCCACGAACAAGUCAAGGAGCUCUAUUGCGGACACUGCAUCAACACAAGUCCACAUUUAGUUUUGAAGCACAAGAUCGAACUUUACCAAAUACGUGCCUUGAAUAAUGAUUUAAGGUCCCAGGUCGAUAGAAUUCUGCAAAGGGCCAUGAAUGAACACUCAGAGCCUCAAGAUGUUUUGGAGCGCAAUCUAGCAAUGCUCAAGACAGCUCAUUUGAAAAGAAAAACAAAUAAGUAUCGACGCAAGGUGGAACAAGCCCGCGAUUCCAUUGAAAUUAAGGCCCAUCGAGCAAAACAACUACGGGAACUGAUAGAAAAAGAUGACGACGCUUUCCGAGUUUCUCAGAAGCAGAGCGGCACACAAAGGUCACAAUUUGAUAUACUGCAGCCGGACCUGCGUCAAUUGCAAAAAGUCCUGGCCAAUUCAAAAGCUCUCAAAUUUCAAGAAUUGGUGCGUCUUUUCCUUGUCCGCCAGAGGGAACAUCCAGAGUUUCCGUACACGAUAAGCUUUCAGCCCGUGAUAAACAUACAGCACAUGUACCGGCUACCGCAAAAUGUCAUAGAGUGUUCGCUGCGAAGCAUGUGGGAUUUUCUCAUUUUGGCCAGUAAAGUACUUUCGGUGGAGCUCCCGUCCAAGGAGGCUGGAAAGGAUGUUCUGAACAGUCUGACCGGGAUUGUUUUGAAUAUCUUGGUGUUUUUGCGGAACCUGGAACUAGUCCCUCGCGAUUGUAGCGACAAAAGAGCACUGUUGCGGAGCCUGCUGAGAAACUACGAUAUCGACAAGUUAUUCUACUUUAUGGUGAUGAACAGAGACGUUGAAGCGGACAUCAAGAGUAAAGCAGAGACCCCCAUCAACUUUGAGGUUUGCCAUUACGAGUUGCAAACGUUGUUGCGAGGGUCAUCGGAGCUGAGCGUUCUGGAACAGUCUGUGGAUGAUAAAUGGUUUCUCGUUGGAUGA